AUGGAUCCCACGAUUCCCAGCCAUUUGGUAUAUUUGGUAUUUUUCCAUCGCACGGUCACACGGCGCACAUGGCAACGAUUUUUUUUUUGCCGGUAAAGAAAUGUAAUUUGAGCCAUGUUCCGGACGAUAUCCAUCCGUUGGAUGCUCCAACGCGCCGGCGGCAACCCGCACUCCGCCUGGCUGGUGGCCAGGUCGCGGGAUUGCUCCGCCCGCCAGAGCCUGAGCCUGAGCACCACGAACCAGGUCAAGGCCGAAUCGGAAUCGAAAUCGAAGGAGCCCUCGCAGGCGGAGCUGCUGCAGGAAUUCGCCCGGAUGCCGGUGCAGCGCAUCCGGAACUUCAGCAUCAUUGCGCACGUGGAUCACGGGAAGAGCACGCUGGCCGACCGGCUGCUGGAGCUCACGGGAGCGAUAGCCCGCAACGCUGGGCGCCACCAGGUGCUCGAUAGCCUCCAGGUGGAGCGGGAGCGUGGGAUCACGGUCAAGGCGCAGACCGCCUCCAUCUUCCACCGCCACAAGGGGCAGCUGUAUCUGCUCAAUCUCAUCGACACGCCCGGUCACGUGGAUUUCUCCAAUGAGGUUUCCCGCUCGCUGGCCGCCUGCGAUGGCGUGGUCCUGCUGGUGGACGCCUGUCACGGUGUCCAGGCGCAAACGGUGGCCAAUUACCACCUGGCCAAGCAGCGACAACUGGCAGUUGUUCCCGUUUUGAACAAAAUCGACAUAAAACACGCCAAUCCCGACCAGGUUUGCCAGGAUAUGAAGCUGCUGUUCGGCAUAGAACCCGCGCAGGUGCUGCGCGUCUCUGCCAAACUGGGCACAGGCGUGGCGGAGGUCCUGGAACGGGUUAUAGAAACGGUGCCGCCGCCAAAAGUUCAGCGGGACAGCGAUUUUCGUGCGCUGAUCUUCGACAGCUGGUUCGACAAGUAUCGCGGUGCGCUGAACCUCAUCUAUGUGCUGGACGGCAGGCUGGAGCAGAACCAGGACAUCCAGUCGCUGACCACCAAGAAGGUGUAUCCGGUGAAGAGCAUUUCGGUGCUGAGACCAGCAGAGUGUCCUGUUCCGGAUUUAUACGCCGGUCAGGUGGGCCUGAUUGCCUGCAAUAUGCGAAACAGCAAGGAGUCCAUUGUCGGGGAUACCAUCUGCCUGAAGAACCAGGCGGCCAGCGCCGCCGGCAGCUAUCGCCCGCAACAGCCGCUGGUCUUUGCCGGCGUCUUUCCCGCCGAUCAGUCCAAGCAUGUGGCGCUGCGCAGUGCCAUCGAUAAGAUGAUACUCAACGACUCGGCGGUCACGGUGAAAGUUGACUCCAGUCCCGCUUUGGGUCAGGGUUGGCGCCUGGGCUUCCUGGGUCUGCUGCACAUGGAGGUCUUCUGCCAGCGGCUGGAGCAGGAGCAUGGCGCCGAACCGAUCAUCACAGCGCCCUCGGUCACUUAUCGUCUGGUGUUGAGCAAUCCCAAGAUGAUCCGGCAGCAGGGACGCGACACCAUGGACAUUUCGAAUGCAGCUCUCUUCCCCGAACCGCACAGCAUCAAGGAGUACUAUGAACCGCUGGUUUUGGGCACCAUAAUCACGCCCACCGACUAUGUGGGCCAGGUGAUCGGGCUGUGCGUGGAGCGACGCGGGCUGCAGCAAAGCUCGGUGAACAUCGACGAGACGCGCGUGCUGAUGAAGUACGUCCUGCCGCUGAGCGAGAUCAUACUGGACUUCCACGAUCGCCUCAAGUCGCUCAGUUCGGGCUAUGCCAGCUUUAGCUACGAGGAUCACGGCUACCAUCCGUCGCAUUUGGUGCGCCUGGAUAUCCAUCUGAACGGCAAGCCUGUGGAGGAGUUGUGUCGCAUUGUCCAUGUGUCCAAGGCCACCGGCGUCGCCAGGCAGAUGGUGCUCAAGCUGCGCGAGCUGAUACCCAAGCAAAUGGUGCAGAUCGCCAUACAGGCGUGCGUGGGCAGCAAGGUGCUCGCCCGGGAAACGAUCAAGGCGUAUCGAAAGGAUGUGACGGCGAAGCUCUACGGUGGGGACGUCACCCGGCGGAUGAAGUUGCUGAAGCAGCAGGCCGAGGGCAAGAAGAAGAUGCGCAUGUUUGCCAAUAUUCGCGUACCGCACGAGACCUUCAUCAAUGUGCUCAAGCGGUAG